GGUCGGGUCCGCCCCGGCUUCUCGGGACCCCACGUGUGUUCUGCCUGGAUCCCCUGUGUGAGCUGAGGCGCCGCCGUCGGUGAGGCUGCCCGACGUGGAGUGCGGAGGUCCCCGGGGCGCGAGGACGUCACCAUGCCUUUCCUUUUCAGAAUGGAACAUUAAAACACUAAUAAUGGGAUUGGAGCCUAAAGCACUAAAGGGAAAAGGUGUAGGACGAGAAAAAAAAGUCAUCCAUCCAUAUAGUAGAAAAGCAGCUCAAAUUACGAGGGAGGCCCACAAACAAGAAAAAAAGGAAAAGUUGAAGAAUGAAAAGGCAUUGCGGCUCAAUCUUAUUGGUGAAAAACUGCAGUGGUUUCAAAAUCAUCUGGAUCCCAAAAAAGGAGGGUAUUCAAAGAAGGAUGCUUGUGAAUUAAUUGAAAGGUAUUUAAAUCGAUUCAGCAGUGAGCUGGAGCAGAUUGAAUUACAUAACAGCAUCAAAGACAGGCAGGGAAGGCGGCACUGUUCCCGGGAGACAGUCAUCAAACAGACGAUGGAGCGGGAGCGACAGCAGUAUGAAGGCUAUGGCCUCGAGAUUCCAGAUAUUCUAAAUGCAGGUAAUCUGAAAACUUUUAGGGAAUGGGAUUUUGAUCUGAAGAAAUUGCCAAACAUUAAAAUGAGAAAAAUGUGUGCUAACGAUGCAGUUCCCAAGAAGCACAAGAAGAAAACUACUACACCGGUGGACAAAGAUUUAGGGGAGCUACAGCUACAUGAGGAAUCAAGUGACUCAGAUGAGGAAAUGACUGCAGUGGCCUAAUUGUUCUUUACUUGAGUUGAAAAUAGGUAAUUUGAGAACCUCAAGUUACAUUUGAAUUGAUUAUGUUAAAGAAUUGUCUAGAUACAAGAAUUUGCUAUUUAGCUCAUCUUACAAGAUGAGAAUACCAUUUGCAGCUUAAAAAACAAUGUUUUGAUUUUUAUUUAAAAAUGAAUAUUGCUUUUUAUUUACAUUAAAUUGCUAAAAUAGA